AAGAACAUGUGGUGUACCUCUCGAGGCCUAUAAUUGAUGGAGAUGGCACAAUCAUAUUUGAUGGAAAGUUAGGCAUCUUUCCUUUCACAACAACAGAACCAACACAGAGGAAUUUGAAAAACAAGAUAAAAGGUACAAUGGAAGUGAAGCCAAUUCCAGCCAUCACUAAGGGAAUCAUCAAAGCCUGCCUUAUUAAAGAGAUGGUCCCAGUGUUCAAAGCCAAGUGGCCAAAGAUGUCAAGCAGGCACAUAUUUAUCCAAAUAAACAUACUUAUGUUCCAACUAGUAUGCCAACCAGCUAAUUCACCGGAUACAAAUGUGAAUGAUCUAGGAUUUUUCAGAGCUAUACAGACCCUUAAAGAUCAAAAAGCAGCCAAUAAUGUGGAGGAGUUACUAGAGAAUGUGAAAGCUGCCUACGAGGAAUACCACCAGAGUAGCUCAACAGUGUUUUUCUCACUUUGCAAGGCUGCUAUCAUGAAAUAAUCAAGGCUAAGGGUGGGAACAAACAACUACAAGAUUCCCCAUAUGAACAAAGAUAGACUCACAAGACAAGGGCUGUUACCACGUUGUAUUUAGGUUGAAGAAGCACUUGUAAGGGACAGUCUAGAGUUCCUACAGUUGGAGUCAAGUGAAGAAGUGAAAUUUACAACCUUGGAGAUGUCAUAGAAGGGCUGAAUAGAGUGGGAAUUGCUGACUAGAAACCUAUAGAUCCAAUAUUUACAGGGACAAACACCAUGCAACUGUUUUUGGGGGUGUUUGAAAUGUAAACCAUUUUUUGUAAGCUUAACUAUUUUUAGCAUGAUUAAGUACAUUAUCUUAUUAUUGUUGUCCUCAAAUUAAAAAAAUCAUC